AUGGAGGGCCAAGGCCAAAAGAAAAACUUUAUUGUUGACUUUUUGAUGGGUGGUGUUUCCGCCGCCGUAUCAAAAACAGCAGCAGCUCCUAUCGAACGUGUCAAACUUCUCAUUCAAAACCAAGAUGAGAUGAUCAAAGCUGGUCGUCUUAGUAAACCUUACGGUGGUAUUGUCGAAUGUUUUACCCGAACGGUCAGGGAAGAAAGUGUUUUGAGUCUUUGGCGUGGUAAUACUGCCAAUGUGAUUCGAUAUUUCCCCACCCAAGCCCUAAACUUUGCAUUCAAGGAUAAAUUUAAGAGGAUGUUUAAUUAUAAAAAGGAUAAAGAUGGAUAUGCCAAAGUCUUUCUCGGUAACAUUGCGUCUGGUGGUGCUGCUGGUGCAGUCUCUUUAACUUUCGUGUAUUCACUUGAUUAUGCCCGAACUCGUCUCGCAAAUGACGCUAAAGUUUCUAAAAAGGGUGGUGGUGAACGUCAAUUCAAUGGUCUUUUGGACGUUUAUCGUAAAACGUAUAAAUCAGAUGGUAUCAUUGGUCUUUAUAGAGGUAUCAUAAUCUAUAGAGGUCUUUACUUUGGUAUGUUCGAUUCUCUGAAGCCUCUUGUCCUGACUGGUCCUCUCAAAGAUAAUUUCCUCGCGUCAUUCUUGCUUGGUUGGUCUGUUACUAUCGGAGCAGGUCUCGCAAGUUAUCCUAUUGACACAAUACGGCGUAGAAUGAUGAUGACGUCAGGUGAAGCUGUUAAAUACAACUCUUCUUGGCAUGCAUUCUCUCAAAUUGUCGCCAAAGAAGGUCCAAUGUCAUUGUUCAAGGGUGCUGGAGCCAACAUUCUUCGUGCCGUUGCUGGUGCUGGUGUUUUGGCAGGCUAUGAUAAACUCCAAGUCCUCUUCCUCGGUAAAGCCUACUCUGGAGGUUCCGGAUAA